AUGGCUUUCAAUCCCCUGGCUAUUAUUCUCAAAGAAAUCAAACUGGUUGGACCUAAUUAUAUUAACUGGAAAAGGAACUUGGAUAUUGUAUUGACUACAAAGGAGUACAAAUAUGAGCUCGUAGAGGUAUGUCCACAGAAACCUGGUGAAAGGGCAACCAAUAAGGAAACCCGGGCUUACCAGAAGUGGAUUAAGGCUAAUAAGAUGGCGCGGUGUUACAUUUUGGCAUCUAUGUCGAAUGUUCUACAACAUCAGCAUCAGUCUAUGCUUUUUGCCUAUAAUAUAAUGCAGAACCUCAAAGAAAUGUUUGGAUAUCAAAAUCGUGCUGCUAGGAAGACUAUUAUGAAGGACCUUAUGAAUACUAUUAUGAUAGAAGGGACCCCAAUAAGGGAUCAUGUUCUGAAGAUGAUUGGUUUUCUCAAUGAGUUAGAGAUCCUUGGAGCUGAAAUCAAGGGGAAAACCCAGGUCGAUAUCGUUCUCCAGUCACUGUCUGACUCUUUCAAGCAAUUUUUCCUGAACUACAACAUGAAUAAGCUCUCUUACUCAUUGGCAAAACUACUUAAAGAGCUUCAAACAACUGAGGGCCUCAUUAGGAAGCCAACUAUUGCUCUUGUGACUGAGAAUGGUUCUUUUUCUAGGCCAAAAGGCCGAAAGAAGCAGAAAAAAGGUUCAGAAACCAUAGGGAGCUCCUCCAAUAGUACGUUGCCGUAG